UUUCGUUUAGAAGUCAAUUUGCACUAAUGUAUUUUUAAUAAUUUCGUAGUAAUGUAAUAAUUAGGCUGCUAUGGCGCUAUCCGCAUUAGCCUGUAUGCUAACAGCUACCUGGCAGGUGUUUCUGGCGAAGCUAGCAGUCAUGUCAUGUAGUUAAUGAAACAUUAGUUGUGUUUAAGACAUUUGUAAUAUUUGUUGUAACUCAGCACUGUUACUCAAUCCUCAAAGCCAUUUACUAAAUUAAUAAAUUAAAGUUUUUAAUUGCGUCUGUUAUAGUCUCACUGAUCAAUGUAUUCACGUGUUUAGUGUGCUGUUGUACCAUGACGCUUGUGUCAGUCUUCCAUAAAAGCAAAUAAGCUCAUUGCCCGGAGUGCCUACCUGUGCUUUUGAAAUCACAACCCCCUUUUAUGCUCUGGGCUGUAUUAGUUCGGGGCCUUUCUCAUUGGCCCCUAAUGGAUUAAGGAUUUUGCUCCCCUUCACCCACUGAUGCCAUUAAGAGAACAUGACUCACUGUGACCACUUGACGUGUCUCUGUGCUGUCACCUGCUGGUUUCAUUUCAGCAUGUGGAUUUUGUAGGAACAUAUCCUCGAUUAAUUCUUGCCCUUUGAUCUCCUGGGGACCAUCUUCAUCUAUUAUGUUUCCUGUCUUUAUUCGUGAUUUUGAUGUCUAUGAAUGGGCAAAGAAACCUGUUAUAGAGGUCACAGCACAUCUUCUUUCACCUUUGACUGUAUCUUGCAUCCCUGCUGAAAGUGAGGCAUUUCUAACAAGUUUAAGUUAUGAGUAAUGACCAUUUUGCCUUGAUAUAUAAGGCAGAGCUCAGUCACAGCAGUCAUUACACGAGAACACAUCAAACUCCCUACAAAGUAAUAUUAUAGAUACGAUGAUCUCCAUUUACUCUCUCCUGCUGACUGUAAUGCUGUUCUCUGAGCUGAGCAGCCAUUUAGUCACUGUAGCCAUGCCUGCAACAAAGACAGACAACAUCCUAACAGAACAAGAUGCCGUGGGUUCGAUACUGGUGGAUGAGCCCAUGUCUGAACUCGUUGUGGUUCCAGAACGACAAAGAUUUAUGCUGGACAGCGUCAGGGACGAAGAUGGGAACCCUAAAUUCAUUGUGUCUGACAUGAGGCUAAAAGGCCACAGCGUUCGUGGGCUAAACUCGGCCAUCGCCCGACGGAUUCCCCUGCUCACAGGCCCGAGCUUGAGCCACGCUCCAUCAGAGUACAAAGUAGAUCGUAGAGACGUCGACCUCGACAUGCUGAGGUGUAUGGUAGGAAGAGUCUACAGACCCUGCUGGGAAGUUUAAACCUUCAACCUGCACUGCCUAUGAAUUCACUGUACUGUGAAAUGAAAAAAAUUCCUUGUAGAAAAGACAAGUACAGCAACGCAUAAAACAUAAUAAACAUUUAUUAAAAACCUG